GGGGUUAGGUCUUUUUUAUAAGCUAGCGUAACAUUGAGCAUGAGCAAAAUCAAAAGCGGAAGUCUGACAGCUCUGUGGUCUAACACUAAAGGAAACAGCAGCAAGGCGAUCUUCAGAGCACAACAAGAUUUCAAGAGUAAGGAAGGCUUUGCAACCGGUGCGACACAGAUUCAACAGACGUCCUGAGUGAAGACGACUACCAAGAUACCAAAGGACUCAAGAAAGCCACAUGAAGAACAUGCAGCCUUCACUGCAUCUUGUCAUACUGUUUCUUUCUUUCAGUUGUAAAGCAGAAGUAGGCAUCGCCAAUUUCAACACCGAUAAACUAGUCAUAACCGACAUAAACAGCACAUCUGAUGCUCCAGUUCAUUUCCUGUCCCUUCAUGAAGACAAUUCUACAACCUCUGUGUAUAAAAUUGCUCCAGAACUUCGAGGACAAGGCGUAACUACUAAUAAACCCACUAGGACAACAGUUUCAUAUAACGUCACCCAACAAACGACAAGUAAGGAAACAAAGGGGGUUCAAAGCAACUAUACUGUCAUACCCCACAACCCAAACAUCACAGCUACUGCAACCUGUACAGUCGAUGAGAAAUACAAGACGGGAAUAAUAAUCUGCGUCCUCGUCAUAGCCGUGUUGGUAUUUAUUAUUGCAGUGUUAAUCAUAUGUACAGUGGUGCUGGCAAACAAGGUAUCGGCUCUAAAGGCAAAGCUAACACAAUCAAAGCGCCAAGCAAGAAGCAAUGGGGACUUUCUAAGCGCAUCAAGUAUUUUGUGGCCAUUAGGCAUGGAAACCUGGCAGAAGAAGGCUCAUGAAGCCAAUUUAACCAUGGAUGAGAUUUCACUGGGAGAUACCAAUACAAUUGAAAAGCUUAAACUGAUGGCAACUCCUACCCUAGCCAGAUCGAGAGAGGACACAGAGGAAAACAAAAGCUUCACAACUGCAACUAUGACCACUAUAUCCACAGUAGAAGUCUGAACAUUCGGUACUUCACUGUACCAAACUCUGAGUUGGAUCUAUGGGAUGAAACCUUACUGAAUAUUUUGUCUCGGACUGCUAUUUUUUUUAGUUUGACAGUAGAAAACUUGGACUUUUAUGACAAGAAGGCAUUGAACUUUGAAAAAACUUUGUAGACGUCAUACAAGAAAAUACUAGAUGUAGAGGCAGCAGGUAAAAGUGACAUAACACCACUGCAGGACCAGACAACAAACCCUGUAACCAUGGAGACAAAUAGGUCUGCACAGGAGCUUUAGACACAAUACAGUAGGAUACUUUAACCAAUAUCGUUUUCAAAGUUACGGUACUAUUUUUGUUCUAGAUGCACUGGAGAAAUCAAAAGUAAAAGUUUGAC